GAUCAGCUCCCUAGUUCAGCAGUCAGGGCACCGAUCAGGGUGCUGGCCAUUUUAAGGGCUGUCUCAAUCGCAGAAUCUUUCCAGAGCACUGGAAUGUUUGCUCGUUAAAAGAUCCCACAAUGCACUGCAAAAACCAGGGAGUGUCGAUACUGACCUUGGUCCCUUACCGGAAAUGACGUCGUGUUUUCUGACGGCACUCAGCUCGGAAAAAAUGGCGGACGAACUCUCGGCCAGCUUCGUGUACGAAUGCUGAGUGUGGCGAGCAAGAGCCAUGCCGCUGUUGAAGAGGAACAUCGAGCCCCGGCACCUGUGCCGUGGUGCGCUGCCCGAGGGCAUCGGAAAUGAGCUGGAGUGUGUAAUGAACAACACACUCUCUGCCAUAAUCCGCCAGCUCAGCUGUCUCAGUAAGCACGCGGAGGACAUAUUUGGUGAGCUGUUUCACGAGGCCAACGCGUUUUAUCUGCGCGCCAACUCCCUGCAGGAUCGCAUCGAUCGGCUCGCCGUCAAGGUCACUCAGCUGGACUCCACGGUGGAGGAGGUCUCUCUGCAGGACAUUAACAUGAGGAAGGCCUUUAAGAGCUCUACAGUACAGGACCAGCAGGUGGUGUCCAAGAGCAGCGUGCCAAUCCCUGUGAAAGAGAUGCACGGGCUGAGUGACCCGCCUCCCCCCCUCAACAUCCUCUCACCAUACAGGGACGAUAAUAAGGACGGGCUGAAAUUUUACACGGACCCCUCGUACUUCUUCGACCUGUGGAAAGAGAAAAUGCUGCAGGACACGGAGGACAAGAGGAAAGAGAAAAGACGACAGAAGGAGCAGAAGCGCUGUGUGGACGGCACACUGCAGAGAGAGGUGAAGAAGGUGCGAAAGGCUCGGAACAGGCGUCAGGAGUGGAACAUGAUGGCCUUCGAUAAGGAACUGAGGCCCGAUCUGCGGCACGGGCACACGGUGCACAGAGGAGGAUCGUCUGAAGGCUCCAUGUCACCAGAAAACAGGUCUCACGGCCAAGACCACCUGGACCACGGCUAUCUGACCAUGUCCAACCACGCAGGCCACGCCCACACGUACUCCGGUCCAACCCCCAGCAUGGCAGCCCUCUCGGCUCACGCCCACAGGUCAGGGUCUGUGGCAUACCGCUCGGGCACACUAGGCCGCCCACACCAGGCCCCGCCCCCUCCUCCACCCACAGAAUGCAUGAACGGCUCCAUGCCCCUCCCACUAAUGGACUACAGUAUGGAUUACAUGAACUCAGUCUCGCCCCCUCCACCCCCAGCUCCUCUCAUUCCAUCAUCCCAAACAGCCUUUGCUCUGCCCUCCAUGGGCCCACCUCUAGGCCCGCCUGCUGUAGGCGGAGGUUACAUCCUGCCUGCUUCACCUGCCUCUGGACCAUUGACUGCUCCUCCUCCGCCAGGGCCGCCACCUCCUCCACCUAACACCACCCAACCCAUCACACCCAAACGCCCACCUGUGCCCACUGAAACCCCGCCCAUGAACGAUGCCCGCAGCGACCUUCUAGCAGCCAUACGCAUGGGUAUCCAGCUAAAGAAGGUGCAGGAGCAGCAGGAGCAGCAGGCAAAGCGAGAGCCGGUGGGGAACGACGUGGCCACCAUUCUGUCCCGCCGCAUAGCCGUGGAGUACAGCGACUCCGAGGAUGACUCUGAGUUAGAGGAUAAUGACUGGUCUGACUAGAAACACACACACACACACACACACACACACACACUUACUCCCUUUUACCGUGACACUGCAGUGUCUACAGUACAGAGACAUGCAGAAGCACUCAAAAGUUUGGACCUGAUUGAAUGUGUUUAUUAUCGGUUUGAUCAAAAGGUUUCAUCUCGAAAGUUGUUUCUAAGACAAGGUUUCUAUCCGAUUUAAAGGAAAUUUUAUUUAGAAGGGAAAAACAGUCGAGCGGCUUCAAAACAUUAAGGCUGAAUGAUGUUGUGCCUUCUAUUGAUAACUGUUUGUAUGAAAAAUAACGCAGGUUAAUGUUAGAGUUAGGGUUAACGUAAUAAUUUUUUUAUAAAUGAAGUCAUAUGUAAUUCAACUAAAUCAAACCACAUCACCCUUGUUGUUUUGAAUUCAUUUUCCAUGCGAUCAGGUUUGUUCAAAGUCUGCUUUACAGAAUCGAAACUAUGACAUUUGAUUUGUUUAAUUUUUUUUUUUUUUGCUCACGGCAAAAAUCUCUACAGCUUAGUUUAAAUGUGGAAAACGGUCAGAUAAAUUCACUGAAGCAGCGAUUAAGGGGUCCAAGCACAAUGCAGUGGACUGGCAAUGCUGAAUGCGUGAUUUGAAAUAAUGAAAUAAUUCACUUGACACACUUUUCCACUUUGUGUAAGGAUGAAAUCAAACUUCCUAAAUUCUUUUCAGACGGGAGAUCUCUAGACAUGUAUUUGUUAAGUAAAGUUUCUGGUAAUUAUGAUCAGUUUGCAUGGGACAAGCAAUUUAUUAAUUUCAUAGAUGGUGAAAUAUGAUGUACUGUACUCUUUCCAGAUACAUAUACAAUGUAAUAGCAAACUCUGUAGUCAAAAAUAGGGGAAUAAUGUAGAAUGAUGUGGACAGUUUUUGCACGUAACGAUGGUGAUGGUGUAAAAUAUCUGCCAAGCAUGAAAUAUCUUCGGCUACUGAAUAAGAAAAACUAUGAAAUGUGGAAUAAUGAUUCUGUGACGAAUGUAUUUGGAAGAAAUAUCCAAAGGAUGUCCAACACUGGCUCGUUGUACCACCUUUGCUGCUUGGACCCCUAAUAAAAUAUGGUGUGUCCAAACUUUUGACUGGUUCUGUGCAAUCAAACUCCACAAUAUGAUGCUCAUCCAGCUGUUUAUUUAGAUAUUAGAUUUAUUUUUUUUUAAAAAUACAAAAACAACAAUUCAUUAGUUAAAAGCAGCUGAGAUUCAAACUUUCUUCGUGAUUGUAACAAACGUGUCAGAAUUGUCGAAGCGACUAGGCGAGACGGUUGGGUUAAAUAGAAAAAAACACCACUGUGAGAUUCUAGCUAUGCAUGAAGCAGACUUGAAGGUCACAUGACCUGGACAUCCCUUAAGAGAGCUGAAGGAAACGAUGGCUGGGAGAACUCCACUCUCGUGACGACGACCGAAAUGGAUUGUCUGCUCAGAGACCCGUCAAGGCCCUCAUCGUGGAAACGGGUUCUUGCGGGACUGGCGUCUCUAUGGAAACAGUACAGCUGGGAUGCAUGAUCUCCAUGGCAACCGUGGGGUCUAGGUGGCGAGCAGAUGAAAUAAACCAAGCGCAGGCCGGGUUAUUUUUAAUGCACAGCACAUUCUUUUAAUACAAAAAUUAACAAGAAUCUCUCGAUUUUUAGACUAACCAAAACAAUAAAAAGAGAGCACUAACACUUUGGAAAAAUAUACAACACAUUCAUGUAAUGUCUUACAACAUCUCAGUUAAAUAGUGCAUGUUGAUUAUCGUUUUUUGUUUAAUAAUAAUAAUCAUUUUGCAGAUACGUAUUUUUUUUGUUGUUGUCAUUGUUGUGCCAUUUCUCGAAAAAAUAAAGUGCAUUUCACAGUUAAGACUA